GGAUCCUUCUUUGCCCUCAUUUCUUCCUCGAUCCUCGUCUGCUCAUCAUUGUUGGUCCCUUUGCUUGUACAAUAAACGGCAACAAAUUCAACACAAUGAGGUUCAGUUUUGGGAGUUCAGUAUCGUUAUUGGUUUUCGCCAGUGCUCAUGUAGUGAGCGCCUUUAUUACUGGUUCGCCCUUAUUAGUCAAAGACUCUGCGACUUCAGUUUCCUUCUCUACUACGGCAUUGAGCGCCAAACUGACGCGGCUACCCACGGGAAUAUCUCCCUUUGAAAAGUCUGCCGCUCGUUCCCGAGAUUUUCAAGGAGAAUUCCGCAAGACGUGUCAAAAGGUAAUCCAAGAUGCGCUCCGUGAUAAUGUACAAACCAUGGAGAUUGAAUUCCCUCCGUUGCUGGGCGGAGACAAGUCCAAGACGCAAUUUGAUGACUUUGACAACGUCCAAGAAUUGAAUCAAAAUCAAGAUUGGUGUGUGCAGUUGGCGCCCAUGCUGGGAAUUCAACCGACCUGGUUGAUCUUUCCGGAUUUGAAAGAGUGCGAGUUAGCCAAAGAAAAGUGGACCGGACAACGGUAUCGUCAAGCCGCUGUUUUUACCAGUCUGGAAGAAGUCACUCAACACUACACACAAGGCGAUGAAUCCUAUUCCAAGCCAUGGGGGGCUACCUUUGCUUCUGGAAUGAAUUCGCUACUGGGUGGUAAUAGUGGAGAUGCUGGAUUAUUGGGAGAUCAAACUGCAUUGGAUUCGCUCAAUGAUAACAGUCCACCCAAACUCCACCUCAUUUGCCAGCCUGGCAAUUCCGGGCCGGUGGAAGACUGGAUCAAUGUCGAGACACUACAUAAAGGAUCCAAAGGAGUUCCGACAGUUGUGGUCAAUGGAGCACUCGACAAGGUCCGAGAUGGAUACUACGCAGCCUUUAUUUUCCCGGCACUGGCCAAAGCGACACCUUUUUACAAAAAAUUUGAGUCGGUCUUUUAUUUGAAGCCAAUAUCCGACAAAGGCGUUUAUGGUUGGGUUUACAGAGUCUAUCCAGAACCUUGGCAAGUGGUCUUGCAAACGCCCAGCAAAGAUAAAAAUGGCAACAUCAAAGUGACCGAUACGGUGGCCCUGACAAGUGAUGUCAAGCCGACGUAUGACCAAGCCGUGAAAGCUCUCUUGUCCACGUCGGCCGGGGCCACUGUGCAGUAACUAAUAAUUGGCUUACUAGUAUACCGCAACAAUAAUGCAGAAAUGCACAAAUCAGUGUACCUGUCGAUUAGGAUCUUGUUGUGUGCUUUUCUCAUGUCAGAUUGCAUGUACGGGUGACAAAAGU